AUGAGCUCUAAUACGCCCAUGGAGGAUGCCAUCCGUGCAAAGAUUACUGCUGCUUUCGAUCCUCAGACCCUUGAGAUCUACAACAACUCCCAUCUCCAUUCCCACCACAAGGCCAUGCAGGGUGUCACUUCCAAGGAGACUCACUUUAGACUCGUCAUCACGUCGGAAGCCUUCAAAUCCAAGGUGCAGCCAGCCCGCCACAGAAUGGUCUAUGCCCUCCUCCGGGACGAAAUGGCCCUCGAGGGCGGCAUCCAUGCUCUCGAGCUCAGGACCCUGACUCCCGAGGAAGAAGAGCGCCAAAAUAAGAAAAAAGCUGCUGAGGCUGCUGCUAAGGAAGAAGAGUCCAAGGAAGCUUGA